UGCAUACCACCCCACAACUAUUUACGCCAUGGACAAUGGAGAAACAAGGUAGUGAGGUAUUCACAUAUGAGGUAUUCGAGAAAUUUCAGCUACAAGUUAUUGCUGCUAGAGAUCAUUGUUGUGUUCAGGGUAUUACACAAGGUGUGGGGUUAAAAACGGUGACCCUGAGAGGUCGAUCUGGUAAGGUUAGGGAGGUCUCCUAUGACACUACAACCAUGAUAGCAAAUUGUCCGUGCAAGUUAUUUGAGUCAAUCGGUAUUCCAUGUCGACAUAUUAUCCAAGUGUUGAGGAUUGAGAACCAAAAUGAACUUCCCAACUAUUACAUUAUGAAAAGAUGGCAGAAACGGUGCAAGAGGGAGAAUGUUUAUGAUGAACAGGGGAACCUACUAGAAGAAAAGCCCACAGAUUCACUAGAUGCAGCCACGAGAAAGAAGAUUUCGACUGUACGUGAUAAGAUGGAAGAGUUGAUUCAAAAGGCAAAGCACUCAAAUGAAGGCAUGGACUUCUUAACAUCAAGUGUGUUGAGCAUUGAGGCGCCUUUAGACCAAAUGGUCCCUGCAGCCACACAGAACACUAGGCAAGACGAAUAUGAGGCUUUUAUUGGUUGUAAUAUUCCUACAGAAGUUGAUAUACAUCCACCAACUGAUGUUCGUACCGUGGGGAGAUGCAAAAGAAUAAAGAGUGGAAAGGAGAUCAAGGAGGGUGAUAGGAAAAGGAAGGACAAAGAAGCGAAGUUAAAGGUUGCACGCUUGUGCAAGACAUGCAAGCAAAUGGUGUUUCAUGAUAGUCGCAAUUGUCCAAGCAAAACUAUUGAAGGGAAAAGGAGCUUGAUUGCGGAAGAUGUGCAACCAAAUGGUGCUUCCUGA